UUCCACGAAGCAGCAAUGACCACGCCUCCGCCGUGGCCGGCUCCUCCCUCGGGCCCCGCCGAACCCCCUCCCAGGCUGGAGCUCGGGUGGUCCCCUCUCAGCGGAGGGACCCCACCCCCAACAGGCUGCCCCUCCUCUUCCCAAGAUGCUUCGCUCCCGGCCCAGUCACGGCUCCACCGGGCCGGGGCCAGACUGGCAGCAGGACAGCGGACAGCGCCUCGCAGCCGCUGGGACUCGUACUGGUCACUGCAGGCACGGGACUGUUCGGUUUGCCUGGACCUGUUCAGACCACGGACAGCUGGUCAGUGGACAGAAGGCACAAUGGCCUCUUUGUGGCCCUUGAUCCUGGCCUCAGCCGUCAGCCUCGCCGUUGCCCGCCCCCCCAACAUCAUUCUGAUCUUUGCCGAUGACCUGGGCUACGGGGACCUGGGUAGCUAUGGCCACCCCAGCUCAUCCACACCCAACCUCGACCGAAUGGCAGCCUAUGGCCUCCGUUUCACUGACUUCUACGUGCCUGUCUCAUUGUGUACCCCAUCUAGGGCAGCACUAUUGACUGGACGGUACCCUGUACGUUCAGGGCUCUACCCAGGUGUCCUAUACCCUGCCUCCCGGGGUGGACUACCCCUGGAUGAGGUGACCAUAGCUGAAGUCCUCGCCAAGAGGGGCUACCUCACCGGGAUGGCCGGCAAGUGGCAUUUGGGAGUGGGGCUCAACGGCACCUUCUUGCCCCCAUAUCAGGGAUUCCACCGCUACCUAGGAAUCCCCUACUCCCACGACCAGGGUCCUUGCCAGAAGCUGAUCUGCUUCCCACCAGACACCCUCUGCUUUGGGGGCUGUGACCAAGGCAACGUCCCCAUCGUGCUGAUGGCUAAUCUGACUGUGAAGGAACAGCCUCCCUGGCUGCCUGGGCUGGAGAAACAGUAUGUGGCCUUUGCCCAGAACUUCAUGGUGGAUGCUGCCCGCCAAGACCGGCCUUUUUUUCUGUACUAUGCCUCCCAUCAUACCCACUACCCCCAGUUCAGUGGGGAGAGCUUUGUGGAGAACUCUGGCCGGGGACCGUUUGGGGAUGCCUUAAUGGAGAUGGACUCGGCGGUGGGGGCACUGCUGAAUACUGUGGAGAGCCUCGGAUUAACUGAAGAAACUCUGGUCUUUUUCACAGCGGAUAACGGCCCCGAGACCAUGCGUUUGUUCAGGGGUGGCUCCUCUGGAAUUCUCCGGUGUGGAAAGGGGACGACUUAUGAGGGUGGUGUCCGACAACCUGCUCUGGCUUUCUGGCCAGGCCACAUUCGGCCAGGGGUCUCCCAUGAGCUAGCCAGCACCCUGGAUCUGCUACCUACCCUGGCUGCUCUGGCUCAAGCCCAGCUGCCCAAUGUUACUCUAGACGGAGUGGAUCUGAGCCCCAUUCUGCUGGGCACAGGCAAGAUCCCACGGAAGACCCUCUACUUCUACCCUCCAGAUCCUCAGGAGUCCCUAGGUGUCUUUGCCAUCCGACAUGGAAAGUACAAGGCGCAUUUCUUUACCCAAGGUUCUACACACAGUGGCAUGGUUCCUGAUCCAGUCUGCCAACCCACCACCCCACGGAUUUACCACGAGCCGCCACUGUUGUUUGACCUGGAGAUAGACCCUGGGGAGAACUUUGAACUCCUGAAUUACAGUUCCAAGGAGGAGAUGAAAAAAUACCUCGAGGUCCUGAAGGAGAUUAGGUUACUCAAGACUAAAUUUGACGUUGCCAUGACUUUUGAAACGAGUCAGAUUACCAAAGGUCUAGACCCGAACCUGGAACCUUGCUGCCGACCGAAGUGUUCCCCCCGACCGUCUUGCUGUACUUGUCCUGGCCCUCAUUAACACACUCCCCCACACGUGAUUGUAUGGACUCAGAGUGAUCUUGCGGCCCUUGUGGCCCCAUUGACUACUAAUCCUUAAAACUGAUUUUCAAGGACUACUCUCUGACUCCUGAAUAAGGGUACACAUCUUUCAUGAGUCCUCUCUACACAAAUCUCAAGCUCAGGUCACUUCACUGGAUACUGAGCAUAUCCCAGAAUUGGGGAAGAAGUCGGGGGUCACCGGCCAGUGACUCAGACACCCCAGCCAAAACUUCCUCCAUGCAACCAGUUGAGGUAACAAUUUUUACAUUACCUUGGGAUCCCAAAGGAUGAGUUAUUACUUCUGAAAUCUUGAUGUAUCGAUUCCAAUAUUUACUUCUGUCCUUAUGGUGAUGCUUUGGGUUAUUGAAUACAGGUCAGAUUAUUGAGUUCAUUGUCAUUUCUGGAUAUUCAUGGGAGAUUAGAUAAAAGGUCCUCAGUGUUUUCUAUUAAAAGAAACUCUUUACUAAGAUAAUUAAUACAAGUAUUAAACUAAGCAAUAAUUAUGAAUUUUCCAAUAAAAUUUAAGGGAAAUAUCAUUUGGAACAAGAUUUAAAUAAAUAUCAAUAUCAAAACACAGUUUGAUGCCUUUUCCUUUUCAUUCUUUCAAAAUUCCUGUUGAAUAUUGCCCUACCUGAUGACAGGAAAAGCUUAAACUUAUGUUCUGGACGCUGUCCACAGCUUCUUUUUAUGCCUGCACCGACUCCCGCUCUCCCUCAGUAGUUUCGGGGAGAAUAGGAUGUUAUUCCUUAACUGUCUGCCACCUACAAAGUUCUCAAAUCUAUUGCCUCUACCUCAGCAAAGAAGUUUCAUUCGUCCCAGGCGAUAGACUGGGAAAACCCACUCUUAUUGAGACAACUUUUUUUUAGAUAAGAGUGGCGACUCCAUUUUGCUCUGCCUUUGUCCUUUUGGGCUGUGAGUUGUUCCAGAUAUGGGACCAGUUUGUAAUAAGCAGAAUUCCUCCAUUAUCUUGUUUUACAACUGGGGACCUGGAGGAUUUGUUGGCCCAAGAAAUAUGUUUCUUCUCUUUAUCUUAUCUGACUGAGGAAUGAUGAUUCUCUAAAAACUCAUGGAAAUGAUUAUGCUAAUAAAGACACACUAGUAAUAAGCAUCCUCCUUACAUGAGUCUUCCACAUAAAGCAAUUAGGUAUCAAAAUGGAUAGAGGGCCUGGAGUCACACCUAACCUUAUGUAGGUUAGGUAGGUCACUACCAGUGUGAACAGAAUCAAAUUGCUUAACAUCUAUCUAGAUUUGGGGUUAAGCAACUUGCCCAGGGGGCACAGUUAGG